GGACCAUCGGAGUAUCGGGCCCAAACUCGCGACCCACAGUGUUCUUGCGGAGAACACGGAUCUGAGUUUACAUGAUGACGGAGCGCAGUGCUACGGGAAGAACUAGGAGCUACCUUGGGUGGCUUGACUGCCAGCUAUUACUACCACAGUAAGGUUGCAGCUACUUCGACGGUAUUUAAACCCCUCUCACCCCCUCUUCCAUCGACCGUGUUAUUAAACCCCUCUCCAUUCAUUCUUAAUUCCAUUCAAGCUUCACAUUGAGUUGUACCUCCCGGCUAUAUAAUACAUUCCAACCCAUCCCAGUAUUUGCGACCGACCUUAUUUGCUUCCAAUAUGUCGGCGGAAAGAAGUGCUGAAAUAAAUGGCAAAGCGCCAGUUCGGCAAGCCACAGACGCUGGUCAGUCGUCAGGCUUGGUCCACGUCCAACCGGCUCGCCUGGGAGAUCUACAGCCCAGGUAUGCACAGCAAAUUGAGCAUGGUGAUGAAAACCCCGAUGCCCAUGGAUGGUAUGCAUCGUUUAUUCACGGGCUCGGUGAGUGCAUUGGAGGGCUGGGUGCCAUUCCAUGCUGUGUCUGUUGCCCCAACCCAUUCAAACCAGUUGCCCAAGGUGAAGUUGGCUUGGUUACAAGAUUCGGACGAUUCGAACGCUCUGUUGAUCCCGGUCUGGUCAAAAUUAACCCACUGAGUGAGCAUCUCACUGCUGUGGAUGUCAAAAUCCAGAUCGUCGAAGUUCCUCGCCAGACCUGCAUGACCAAGGAUAACGUUAACCUCAACCUGACCUCGGUGAUCUACUACCAGAUUGUCUCUCCCCACAAGGCCGCAUUCGGUAUCUCCAAUGUGCGACAGGCACUCGUGGAGCGCACUCAAACAACACUGCGCCAUGUCAUUGGAGCGAGGGUUCUGCAGGAUGUGAUUGAACGUCGCGAAGAGAUCGCCCAGUCGACCUCGGAAAUCAUCGAGGACGUUGCUGCUGGAUGGGGUGUUCUGGUCGAGUCUAUGCUCAUCAAAGACAUCAUUUUCAGUGAAGACCUGCAAGAUUCUCUUUCGAUGGCGGCACAAUCUAAGCGGAUUGGUGAGAGCAAGGUCAUUGCAGCUCGUGCCGAGGUCGAGUCGGCCAAACUGAUGCGUCAGGCUGCCGACAUUCUCUCUUCUGCACCUGCGAUGCAAAUCCGCUACCUUGAGGCGAUGCAAUCUAUGGCCAAGACAGCUAAUAGCAAAGUUAUUUUCUUGCCGGCUAUGAAUCAGACUGUGCAACAACAGCUGGCUGCUGCUGAAAGUGCUGGCGAAGGGCCCAGUCGAUACGGGAAGCCCGAUGACGGGUUCCAACGUGCAAUGAAUGCGCGGGUGGUUGAAGAUAUCUGAAGACGACUUGCUAUGAUUGCCUAAUCACAAGCAAUAAGAGUGCUUCAUCGCGAUGAGUAUAUGCUAAUGUUUAAGGCUGUUUGAAUCUUUAUAGCUUCAGGAUACCGCGCCACCAGGUAGUCUUCCUACUGGCUACCUCCCCUCUCGCUCAGAUUCCCAAUACGCUGGGAUUCUUACCUGGAUUUGACGAUACCCCCCUUCUUUUGUUCUACGAUUAUGAUACACCAGUAAUGCGUCCACAAUGUUAUGCUCAUAAUGUAAUUAUUACUAUGAUCAUGCAGAUUACGUGGGG